AUGCCCCAGAUUGAAGUGAUAGAGCAACGCAAACAGGACUUAAUAGCAGCCGCCGCCGGUAGUGACAGCGACAGUGACAGAGAGGAUCCCAACGAGACGAAUACAGAGACAGCCCCGGCCGUGGUAGAGCGAAGGGUGACGUUAAACGCCAACCCUGCGCAGAAUAUAGAUGAUCUUAAGAAACGGCUUGCCGCGCGAUUGGCUGGGUUCCAGAGCAAGCGCAAGUACGAUGAUGAGAAAAGUGACGCACAUAACAAGGCCAAGGCGAAGGAGAUACGCGAGCAACGGAAGAAGAAGAAGAGCGAGGACCAGAAGAAGGGCAUUACAGCACCAUCCGCCGACCGCCCCAGUCGCGUGCACAUGACCACGGGUGGUGAAGAGACGGGCGAAGGCAAAAGUUCGCAACAGAUUGUAUAUAGCAAGUUUGACUUCAGCGCGCUCGAGAAGGAGAAGAAAAAGAAGGCCAAGAAGAGCAAUGAUCUGAAGAUGCUUCUAGAAAAGGCUGAGUCGGAGAAGAAGGCGAUGGAGGACCUGAAGCAAGCGGAUCCCGCCAAAGCGAAAGACAUAGAAGAAAAGAGACGGCAAAAGAAGGCCCUCGAAAUGGCCCAAGGCAUUAAGCAACAAGACGACCCUACUCUGUUAAGGAAAGCGUUAAAGAAGAAGGAACAGAAGAAGCUGAAGAGCGCGAAGACAUGGAACGACAGUAUCAAGGCCGUUAAACACAACAUCAAGCGUAACGAAGCGAAGCGAGACGCCAACCUGAAGGCGCGGGUGGAUGCCAAGAAGGAGAAGAAGAUAGCAAGGGGCCAGGGCAAGAAGGUCAAGUCAAAGAAACCGCCACCUAAACGAGCCGGGUUCGAGGGUAAGAGUAAAAACCCAACUAAGUCGGGGAAGUCAAAGAAGUAAAAGUUCA